GAGAAACAGCCCUUACAGGUUUCAUCCAUCCAGGAAUUCUGUUAAGCCCACCAGGAAUUAACCUUGGCUGUAAUUAGUUUAUGAGAGCAAUGACCCUUUCAGGGCAUGUCCAGAGCUUUCUCUGUUUAGACACCUUGUGUGGGUGGAACUUCCUGUUUACACAGAAAGCAGCAUAAAACCUAGUGGCUCUGAGGCUUGUCUGGGACAAGAGCAAUUACAGGGACUAGGGCACAAUCUGUCUGGGCUCCUUGCAGCAUGGGGAAGAAGAAACUCCUUCAUCCUAGUUUUAUUUUCUUCCUUCUGGUUCUCCUGCCUCAAGAUGCCCUGGUCUCUGGAAUACCACAGUAUAUGGUGCUUGUCCCUUCCCUGCUUCACACUGGGACUCCUGAGAAAGGCUGCGUUAUGCUAAGUCACUUGAAUGAGACAGUGACUGUGAGUGCCAUCUUGGAGUCUCAAAGGGAAAACAAGAGUCUCUUCACCGACCUGGUAGUGGAGAAAGACACCUUCCACUGUGUCUCCUUCAUUCUCCCAGUUUCUUCCUCCAAUGAGGAGGUAAUGUUCAUCAGUGUCCAAGUGAAAGGACCAACCCAAGAAUUCAAGAAGCGGACCACAGUGUUGAUUAAAAACCAUGAGAGUCUGGUCUUUGUCCAGACAGACAAACCCAUCUACAAACCAGGGCAGGAUGUGAAGUUUCGUGUGGUUGUAUUGGAUGAAAAUUUUCACCCCUUGAAUGAGUUGAUUCCACUAAUCUAUAUUGAGGAUCCCAAAAGAAAUCGCAUCAUGCAAUGGCAGAAUCUCAAGUUAGAAAGUGGACUCAAGCAAUUGACCUUUCCUCUCUCAUCAGAGCCCUUUCAGGGUUCCUACAAAGUAGUGGUACAGAAGCAGUCGGGUGGAAGCAUAAAGCACCCUUUUACUGUGGAGGAAUUUGUGCUCCCCAAGUUUGAAGUGCAAGUCAAAGUUCCAAAGAUAAUCACUAUCUUGGAAGAAGAAAUGAACGUCUCAGUAUGUGCCGUGUACACAUAUGGAAAGCCUGUCCCGGGACAUGUGACUAUGAGCGUGUGCAGAAAGUAUAGUAACCCUUCAAACUGCUUUGGUGGAGAGUCACAGGCUGUCUGUGAGAGAUUUAGUCACCAGCUAAAUAGCCAAGGUUGCUUCUCUCAGCAAAUAAAAACCAAGAUUUUCCAAAUGAAACGACAAGGGUAUGAGAUGAGACUUGAAGUGGAGGCCAAGAUACAAGAAGAAGGAACAGAGGUGGAAUUCACUGGAAAAGCGUCUACUGAAAUAACAAGGACUUCAAGCACACUUUCAUUUGUGAAAGUGGACCCCUACUUUAGACAAGGGAUCCCCUUCUUUGCACAGGUGCGCCUAGUGGAUGAGAAAGGUGAUCCCAUGCCAAAUAAGCUCGUCUUUAUCACAGCCGAUGAAGCUAAACAUAACUCCAAUGCAACCACUGAUGAACAUGGCCUGGUGCAGUUCUCAAUCAACACCCACCAAAGUUGUAGGAUCUGUUCCUUAACAUUCGGGGUAAAACAUAAGGAUCACAGUGGCUGUUAUGGCUAUCAUUGGCUAUCAGAAGAAAAUGAAGAAGCUUUCCACACAGCUAAUCAUGUAUUUUCUAUAAGCAAGAGCUUUGUCCACCUUGAGCCAGUAGCUGGUGAAUUACCCUGUGGCCAAACUCAGACAGUUCAAGCACAUUAUAUUCUGAAUGAAAAGGCCUUGCAGGAUGAGAAAGAUCUUACGUUCUACUAUUUGAUAAUGGCAAAGGGAGGCAUUGUCAAAACUGGGACUCAUGUAUUACCUGUGGAGCAGGGAGAGAUGACAGGCCAUUUUCCUGUAUCAUUCUCUGUGGACCCAGAUAUUGCUCCAAUAGCUCGCUUACUCAUAUACUCCGUUUUACCUGAUGGCGAAGUGAUUGGAGAUUCCGCAAAAUAUGAGGUUGAAAAAUGUCUGUCCAACAAGAUAAACUUGAGCUUUCGCCCGUCACAAAGUCUCCCAGCUUCCCAGGCCCACCUUCAGGUCUCAGCUUCUCCUCAGUCCCUCUGUGCCCUGCAUGCUGUAGACCAGAGUGUCCUGCUUCUGAAACCCGAGGCAGAGCUUUCCCCAAACUCGGUUUAUAAGCUAUUACCAGUAAAAGACCUGGAUGGCUUCCCUUAUAGUAUAAAUCAGCAGGAAGAAGACAAUGAAGACUGCAUUGAUCCCCAUAAUGUCUUUAUUAAUGGCAUCAUGUAUUCUCCAGUAUCAAAUACAAAUGAAAAAGAUAUGUAUGACUUCCUACAGGAUAUGGGUUUGAAAGUAUUCACCAACUCAAAGAUUCGUAAACCCCAAGUAUGUGCACAAAUUCAGCCUCAGUACUAUCAUGGUCAGGAACCUGCAAGAAUGUAUGCUUCCACUGAAGUGACUGCUGAACUUCGGAGAGGCCAUGCUGUCAUGAAUCUUGAAAAUGAUUCAGAGCCUCCCAAGGAGACAAUACGAAAGUAUUUUCCUGAGACGAUGAUCUGGGACUUGGUGAUGGUAGACUCAUCAGGAGUAGCUGAAGUAGGACUAACAGUGCCUGACACCAUCACUGAGUGGAAGGCAGGUGCCCUCUGCCUUUCCCAGGAUACUGGACUUGGUAUCUCCCUCCCAGCCACUAUGAAAGCCUUCCAACCCUUCUUUGUGGAACUCACAAUGCCUUACUCAGUGGUCCGUGGUGAGGCCUUCACUCUCAAGGCCACUGUCCUAAACUACCUUCCCAAUUGCAUCAGGGUCAGCGUGCAACUACAGGAUUCCCCUGCAUUCCUCGCCGUUCUGAAUGAGAAGGAGCAAGAGUCUGACUGCAUCUGUGCAAAUGGCCGGCAAACCGUGUCCUGGGCGGUAACCCCAAAAUUAUUAGGAAGUGUGAAUUUCACUGUGAGUGCAGAGGCCAUAAAGUCUGAACAACCAUGUGGGACUGAAGAGGCUGUAGUCCCCGAAUAUGGGCAUAAAGAUACAAUUGUCAAGCCCCUGCUGGUUGAGCCUGAAGGUCUAGAGAGAGAAACAACAUUUAACUCCCUGCUCUGUACAUCAGGUGCCGAAGUGUCUGAAAAAUUAGCUCUAAAGUUGCCUCAAAAUGUGGUAGAAGACUCUGCUAGAGCCUCUUUUUCAGUUUUGGGGGAUAUCCUGGGCUCUGCCAUGCAGAACACACAAAAUCUCCUCAAAAUGCCCUUUGGCUGUGGAGAACAGAAUAUGGUCCUCUUUGCUCCUAACAUCUAUGUUCUAAAUUAUCUAAAUGAAACACAGCAGCUGACUCCAGAGGUCAAGUCCAAGGCCAUUGGCUACCUCAACACUGGUUACCAGAGACAACUAAACUACAAGCAUUUUGAUGGUUCCUACAGCACCUUUGGACUCCAACACACCAGAAGUGUGGGAAACACCUGGCUCACAGCCUUUGUGUUGAAGACUUUUGCCCAAGCUCGAACUUACAUUUUCAUCGAUGAAGUACACAUUAACCAAGCACUUACCUGGCUCUCCCAGAAGCAGAAAGACAAUGGCUGUUUCAGAAGUUCUGGAUCACUGCUCAACAAUGCCAUUAAGGGAGGAGUAGAUGAUGAAGUGACACUUUCUGCUUAUAUUGCCAUCGCCCUCCUGGAGAUUCCUCUUCCAGUCACUCACCCUGUUGUUCGUAAUGCCCUGUUCUGUCUGGAUUCAGCCUGGAAAUCAACAAAGGAAGGGUCCCAUGGAAGUCAUGUCUACACCAAGGCACUACUGGCCUAUGCAUUUGCCCUGGCAGGUAACCAGGACAAGAAGAAAGAAGUUCUCACAUCACUUGAAUCAGAAGCUGUGAAGGCAGACAACUCUAUCCACUGGGAACGACCUGAGAAACCCAAGGUACAAAUGGAUCAGUUUUACCAACCCCAGGCUCCUUCAGCUGAGGUGGAGAUGACUUCCUAUGUGCUCCAGGCUUACCUCACAGCCCAACCUGCCCCCACCCCAGAAGAGCUGACAACUGCAAGCCACAUCGUGAAUUGGAUCACAAAGCAACAGAAUUCCCAAGGGGGCUUCUCCUCUACUCAGGACACAGUGGUUGCUCUUCAGGCUCUGUCCAAAUAUGGCACUGCCACUUUCACCAGGACAGGGAAGUCUGCACAAGUGACUAUUCAAUCUUCAAAGGCAUUUUCUACAAAGUUCCAAGUGGACAACGACAACCGCUUAUUACUACAGCAGAUUUCAUUGCCAAAAGUGCCUGAAGAAUACAGCAUGACUGUCACAGGAGAAAGAUGUGUCUAUCUUAAGACAUCCUUAAAAUACAAUACUCUCCCAGAGAAGGAAAAUUUCCCAUUUGAUCUGGAGGUAAAUACUCUGCCCAAAACUUGUGAUGGAUCCAAGGCCCAUUCCAACUUCCAGAUAUCAGUGAAUGUCAGUUACACAGGGAGCCGUCCUGCCUCCAAUAUGGCAAUCGCUGAUGUGAAGAUGGUCUCUGGCUUUAUUCCACUAAAGCCAACAGUAAAAAUGCUUGAAAGAUCUAGUCACGUGAGCCGAACAGAAAUCAGCAACAAUCAUGUUCUAAUUUACCUUGAUAAGGUAACUAAUCAGACGCUAAGCUUUUCCUUCACCGUUGUGCAAGACAUUCCAGUCAGAGAUCUGAAACCAGCCAUCGUGAAAGUUUAUGAUUACUAUGAGACAGAUGAGUUUGCAGUUGCCGAGUACAGUGUUCCUUGCAGCAAAGAUGGAAAUGCUUAAAGGCCAUGGCGUACCUGGAGUCUUUGUGCCACAAAUUCAGAACUUCACAGAAGAGAUUUUUUGUAUCUCUGAAUUUUUCAUGAAUAAAUCAUUUUUGGCUAAUCUCUA